CAGCGGGUUCGGUGGCUGCGGCAUCAAGUAGCCUCCGCAGUGGCAGCAUCAUCCACAACAGGUGUAGACAGGUCCCACCUGACUCCGCCCUGGAAAGUCCUUUUGGAGAAAUGGCCCUGGUGAGGGGCGGCUGGCUGUGGAGACAGAGCUCCAUCCUCCGCCGCUGGAAGCGGAACUGGUUUGCCCUGUGGCUGGAUGGAACCUUGGGCUACUAUCGUGACGAGACUGCGCAGGAUGAGGAAGACCGUGUGCUCAUCCACUUCAAUGUCCGUGACGUGAAGGUUGGCCAAGAGUGCCAUGAUGUGCAGCCCCCAGAGGGCCAGAGCCGAGAUGGCCUGCUGACUGUGCACCUGCGGGAGGGCUCCCGCCUGCACCUAUGUGCAGAGACCCAGGAUGACGCCAUAGCAUGGAAGACAGCGCUGAUGGAGGCGAACUCCACCCCGGUGCGCGUCUACAGCCCCUACCAGGACUACUACGAGGUGGUGCCACCCAACGCGCACGAGGCCACAUAUGUCCGCAGUUACUACGGGCCGCCUUACGCUGGCCCCGGCGUGACACAUGUGGUAGUGCGGGAGGAUCCUUGCUACAGCGCGGGCGCCCCGCUGGCCAUGGGCAUGCUCGCAGGGGCCGCCACGGGUGCCGCGCUCGGCUCGCUCAUGUGGUCGCCCUGCUGGUUCUGAGCCCUGGGGUUCAGCGCAGAACCCUGACCUGCCUCCGCAUGGACCGCUAGACCCCUCUUCCUCCUACAUCCCACUCUCCACCCCCGCAGCGACCCACAUUCCAAUUCCUGCUCCACUUUGGCCUCUUCCUCUUUCCCUACUCCCUUCUAGAAGCUUGGACAACCCCCCCCCCAUGCCCCCACAUUCGAAUAAGCUGUCAUUUCGCAGACACCAUCUGCCCCCAAAAAUUCUCGUGUCUGCCGCCAGACAGCCUGGAAAUCCAUUAUAGAAACAUAUGGCUGUAUUUCCCCCGUGCACACUAGGGCACAACAAACAACUCAUUUGGCUUCAAGUUCUCCAGGCGCUGGGGACACGCGCGCUCUCCUCUGGGGGCUGCAGGCCUGGUGGGGGAAACAGGAGUAAACACACUUGACCAGUUGUCAGCCUUUUGACAGGGACGCAUGGGGGGCAGGGAGCAAGGCAGGUAGACUGGGAGUAGUGUUGUUGGUAGCAGUGCAGAUCCGUGAAUGUCAUGGCAUGUCUUAGGAAUUAAAAGGGAGUUCUGUUGGGCUGGAUUAGGCCUACGGGCUAAACAGCUUGCUGGUUAAGGAGGAGACUAGAGCUUUCAAUGGAAGGAAGUUUCAUGAUUGUGCCUGCUAUGUAUUGCCUGUUUUAUUAGCACUGACACAUACUCAUACCCAAACCACUCCCCCAGUUUAUUCUACCCUUCUCACCACCAGCUUCCUGGGCCCUCUGUUCCUUCAGUGCUCAGAGCUGUUUGGGACCUCCAGCCCUACCUAUGAAGUUGCUUCCAUUAGGAAAUGACUCUGUUCCCCAGAGCUUGGCCCUCUGUCCAUAGCUGUGGCUGUUACCAUCUCAGGCUUAGUCUCUUCCUUCACUCUGGGGAACAUGGAGGUGUCCCUUUGGGAGAAUGGCAGUGUUCACCUCUGGGGCUUGAUCCACCUUUCCCCAGUCCAGGAGGUCCCAUAUGUGCCUCGAUGCAGGUGGCUCAGCAGUCCAUUUUGUCACCUUCCAGUACCAUCCCCUAUCCUGUCCCCAUCACCAAUAGAAGUGCUAACAUACCUGACCAGUAGCCAGAGUAGUCUGCUAAAGAUUUCCUAUAGAUGGGGGUCCACUGGCUCUGCUGCAGAGACUAAUAAAGGUGUGUUUGGCUCUAGCUCUGGCUCUAGCUUUGUUUGUUCUCCCAAGAGGCCCUGCCCUCUAGGUCUCCAUGGGAUAGUGAGAGGAGUGUGGAUUCCGAGGUCAGGUGGACCUUGUGACAGCACAUUAGCUGAGCAAUUUGGGGUAAGUCACUUAACCUUUCUGGACCUUGGUUUCCCCACAAAUAAAGUGGCAGGUUGAAGUUCUCUCUCCCUGAGGGCUCGAAAGGAGAGGCUGUGUCAGGGUCUCUGUCAGUCAUCUGAGCUGAUGGAUGAUCCAGGCCAUACCCUGCCUGCUUUCUCAGAGUCCUGUGGUAUUGGGGUCUUUUCCAGCUCUGGCUCUGUCUGGCCACACUCAGUCAUCAGCCCACGGGGUGGCACUCUACACCAUGUCCAUCCCUGAGACUGUCCGUCUCAACAGUGAGGGUCUGUGCAUCCACGCUCUGAGCAUCCCACAGUGGGUGCUUCUCCAGUACCUAUGUUUUGAGACUCCUAUGUCCAGAAAGCUAAGCUGGAAAGGACCCUACAUGCCCUUUGAAACUGAUGCCUCCCCCACCAGAUAGGACCUGUUUUACUACUUUCUGUCAUUUAUAGGAACAAGGAAUUCACUUCCUCUUCCUUUCCUUCCCUUGUGGGGUGGCUCAGCUUGGGGGACAUCCUUCCUCAAUGGGAGCUGAGCUCUUCCUCCUGUAAACUCCCAAGAGUCGAGUUCCAGCUCUACUUGUAGGCCUCCGACCACAGUGCCCUCCAGCCCUAAAACUUCCUGAGGUCUGGAGACAUCUAAUUGGUCCUCAGGAGGCUUCAAUGUCAAGAGACACAUCUGAACCAGACUCUUGCCACUAAACCCAGAACACAGAUCCUUGAAGUUUGACCCUUUUUACACUGGUUACCAGCCUUGGUGGAUAGGGAAAGAGAGGUCACAAGCUGAGGCCCAGGAUAUGCUAAGGCAGGGAAAGUGCGUUGAAUAUAGAGUUCCAACUAUAAUGUAGAUGUCAGCCUUCCUUCCUCUAAAAGUCACCCUCUUCUUUUAUGUAAUAUGGGAGGGAGAAGGCCUUCACUAGCCAGCUGCUCCCUAGGUGGUUCCUCUCACCCCACAUCCUAGUCUGCGUAGAUCCAUUGGUCACCAUUUGGAAAUCUUGACAAAAUGGAAAGGGAUGGAUAUGGGGUGGUUUCCCUUUUCUGCCCUAGCUCUUCAUUUUCCAUGUCAUCACCAUUCUUUUCACCAAGACGUGUACACAACAGACUUUACAGAAAGGUUGGCUAACCAAAGGGAAAAGAAGAAAAUGAAAAUUCAAAUUAAACUGAAUUUUCUAUAGUCCAAGACUCUAAACUCUUUAUCCUAUGCCUCCCCA